UUUGGUAAUAAGCGUAGGCGCCACAUAUAAAAAGGGGAAGUACGGCGAAGAAAAUUAUUAUUGAGUUCAUCAUUAAAUCAUCGAUAUGGCAGUCAAAGUCACCCUUGUUUUGUGCGGUUUGGUCUUGGCCAUACAGACCGCUUUCGCCCAAAACUACCGUGGAAACUCCGUGAUAGUGAACAACGCUAACGCAGCCGGCGGUCUGGGAGCGGCGUAUGGUGUUGCUGGAGGCGCUGCUGGAGCACUCGGUGCCGCCGGAGCACUCGGCGCAGCCGGAGGACUGGGCUGGGGAGUCGCUAGCGCGCCUGCGCUCGGACUGGGCUUGAACAACGGCUUGGGCGCUGGACUCGGCCUGGGCAACGCUGUGGUGGCAAGCCCAGCUUUCAUCGACCUGGUCAGUGUGUCCGCCGGAGGAGUGUUGCCGAUCUCCAGUGUGGGCCCCGUCGUCCCAGCCGGCCUCAACGUGGUGUCAGACAACGCGAUCGAAGGCGCUGUGCUGGUCAGCGGUCAGCUGCCGUUCUUGAGCGCUGUGGCCUUCGAAGGAGCCCUGGCUUCAGCUGGUUCCGGAGCCUCUUCUUGCGGCUGCGGUAACGGCAACAUCGGCAUAGUCAGCGAGACCGGAUCUACCGCUCUGCUGCCAGCUGCUGGCGGCCUUGGCCUGGGAGCCGCCGGACUCGGCGCUCUCGGUGGUCUUGGCGCACUCGGACCUAGAGGUCUCUACUUCUAAAUAAACAAUUUCAAAACAUUUCGAAACCGAAAAUAAAUAUUGAUCAUCAGAAUAUAA